UAUUGUCUUCCGUAAACAUUUGAAUUAGGAAAUAUGAAAAUUUUGCUUUAGCGAUUGUGAUGUACUUUGAACUGUUUUUUGUUUUGGCUUGCUUAUCUAAAUGCUAUUCUUUGAACAAAGAGGAUGAGCAGGAGCACUGCGAUCAGCUCAAACAGUGGCUAGAAUCCUCCUCUGUAUCCUUGGAGCUUAGCAAGAAGGGCUUCCACAGGGAGUUGACAACCACUGUUGAGCUCAGACCAAGUGUACUCAGUGGUGCCAGCAUUUUGCUGCUUUACAGAUGGCCGAAUGGCAUCUUUGUAGAUCCAUACCAACUGGCAUCCCUAAGUGAUCAAAGCAACUUUGAGAUAUUGCUAGAUUCAGCCAUUGACCUGGAAGUGCCUGCUCACAAGACUUCUGGAUUUCUUACCUAUGUGUUUCCCUUCUAUACUGGAUCAGCUCCUAGUUUCCUAAAAUUAACACUUCCAGUACACGGGCGCUAUCACGAGCCCUCUUUUGCUGGGGAAGCAUUCGCAUCUGUUCACAUUGAACCUCCUGACCUGCUACUGCGCACUGAAAAAUGCUCAGAUCUUCGCAGAAUUGAGUCUCAUUCUGUAGUGGACGCUCCAUGCACUGUCAGCAAUUCCAGCACAUGCUCAUGGGUGAAAAAAGCUCUGCAGCAGGAGUCCAGCGCCGUCAGUGUCAUGUUACCGGUUGGUGACGGGUCAGCGACGAUGCUUGUCUGCGGUGGGACUCUUCUUGCCACUAUGGUCUGCUGUGUGACGUUGUCUAAAUACAUGUUGAAACAUCGAAUCGUUUAAGCUGCAACAGUCAACAGGACUUGUUCUAAAUGGGAUUAUAAUGUGGAGCAGUCGUGUCUGGGACCUGGAUUGUCCUAGCUGCUUUCCGUAAACACAAGACAAAUCUGUGAAAGAAUCCCAGGUAUCCACAUUAAAUUCACCCCGAGGAGCGUAAUGCCACUCAAUGUUUUUACAGAUUUUUUUUAAAUUCAUUUUUUUUAUGUGAAAUUUAAAUUUUGUUGUUGUUGUUUAAGCAGCUGGGAAACAGAAAUAAAGAAUGUAUAGAGCUACAAAUGAGGUUUUAGAUAAAUAAAUUAAUCUUAUAUUUCCUUGCACAUGUCAAUAUAAUUUCUAACGUUGAUGAAAUAAACAUGUGAAACAUAAA